CAAUUAUCAGUGUGUAAUGUAGCCUAGUUAAAAGGAGAGAAAAGUGUACCCCGGUUUAUUUACUACGUUAGGCAGGGUUUAACACUACUAUGGGAGUGUGUAUUUAUGGUAAUUAUAUGAAUGUGCAUUGUAUGCAUUUAUUUCCAAAUGGCAGUUGUUGAUAGAUGGCCAAGGUGAGGCUUACAGCCUACCUCACUCUUAGCCGCGCGGUUGUCUCUUAGCACGUAGCCCCCUGUGGUUUUGCGCAGACGCAAUUGCGUCCCUUUUCGACGUCUCUCUGAAUCGGUUCCUUAGCAUACGACACCGUUAGCCACUGAUUCUCACCGGUCGGCAAGAUGUUCAGAGCCGUUGUUCGACUUUCAACCUCUGGGGUACGGAGUUUAGCGCGGACACGACCAUGUUUCUCGGGUAAGACUGACGGCAAAGCCUAUUAAUGGUCUAUUUAUUCAUAAAACUGUUUGCCUUUCGUGUUAGCUUGCUUGCUAGCCAGUUGCCCAUAGCAAAUAGCCACCAAGCUAGCUAGCUAACGUUAGUCGUAAAUGGUAUGUAACGUUACGGUAGUCUUCACAAAACUCGACAUAUAGUUUGCACUAUUAGGCUAAUUCAAUGCAUCUCGGUAAGUAUAUAAAGUCACAUACUGUAAGUUGUGUAUUGUGAUACACAGCUGAUUAGCCUAGAUGGCGUUAGCUAUGUAGCUAACGUUUGCGUCAGGGUGACAUUGAUUUGCAUUUGAUCUAAAGUAAAAGUUCUUGGUUCCCUUAAAUAGUGUAUAGUUAUCACGUUCAUAAAUUGAUGUCAGAUCCAGUGUAAAUGGUUAGAACCACCAGACGGCUAGUAAACUUGAGCAUGUGUCCUUGUGAUGACCCAUACUUCGGUUUUUCGAGGGAGUCACAAGUGCACAACGAUGCGCAGCAACUCUAGUCCUUGCGGUCAAACCAGUGUGUUGUUUUAUCCUACACCAUCUAUUGCUCUUGAUCUGUUUACACUCAGUUAUGGCUAGAUUUGUGCUGUCAAUAUACUAAGUGUCUUGGCAUUGACCUUAAGUGACCCAGUUAGCCAGAUUGCUGUAAAUAGACAUUCUUCCUUGCAAAGCCAAUGGGAUAUUGCAAUUAUGCAUGUGAUGUAUACAGGUCAGUUUCCCCUAGAAUAGAUUUUGGUGGAGCACACAGGCAAAGUCCUCAAAACAACAUCCUGGGCUGCAAAAAUCGCAUUUGAAAUCAUCUGGUAGUGAGGUGACAUGUCUGACAGAAGGUGUAUGUUAUGGCUCACCUGCUUUUUCAUGAGAAUGGAAGGGUGUAUAUUGUUUUCAGUCAAGCAUCUAGGAACAGGCCUUGACCUCUAUAUGAUCUAGAAUUUUUGUUUUCUAUGUUGCAGCUCCUUUGGCCUCCCGAUGCUACUCCCAUGCCAAGGUGGAGACAGAUGAGGAGUUUGAUGCCCGUUGGGUCACUUAUUUCAGCAAGCCAGACAUUGAUGCCUGGGAGCUGAAGAAAGGUGAUCUUCUAAAGAAUACUGAUAAUAAGUCUGCACUUUUGCCGAAGUUCUACUGUCAUUUUUUUCAGUCCUUAAGUUUGAGACUAAUGGAUAGCCAGAUUUGAACAUUUUUUAUAACUGAGUAUGCUUGAAUCCCAUUCCCCAUCCCAUAGGCAUGAACACACUAAUUGGCUACGACCUGGUACCUGAACCCAAAAUCCUCGACUCAGCUCUUCGUGCUUGCCGAAGGUUGAAUGACUUGGCCAGUGCCAUCCGCAUCCUUGAGGCAGUCAAGGUGAGCUGCACAGCUUCCCCUACCAACUUCUAGUGAAGUCAUAUCUUGAUUAAUAAAAUAAACAUAUGUAUUUUACAGUGCAUAUGGAAAGUAUUCAGACCCCUUGUCUUUUUCCACAUUUUGUUACAGCCUUAUUCUAAAAUGGAGUAAAUUGUUUAAUUUUCCUCAUCAAUCUACACACAAUACCCCAUAAUGACAAAGCAAAAACAGGUUUAGAAAUGUUUGCAAAAAAUUACAUAAGUAUUCAGACCCUUUUCUCAGUACUUUGUUGAAGCACCUUUGGCAGCGAUUACAGCCUCUAGUCUUCUUGGGUAUGACACUACAAGCUUGGCACACCUGUAUUUGGGGAGUUUCUCCCAUUCUUCUCUGCAGCUCCUCUCAAGCUCUGUCCGGUUGGAUGGGGAGCGUUGCUGCACAGCUAUUUUCAGGUCUUUCCAGAGAUGUUCGAUCGGGUUCAAGUCCGGGCCCUGGCUGGGCCACUCAAGGACAUUGAGACUUGUCCCGAAGCCACUCCUGUGUAGUCUUGGCUGUGUGCUUAGGGUUGUUGUCCUGUUGGAAGGUGAACCUUCACCCCAGUCUGAGAUCCUGAUUGCUCUGAAGCAGGUUUUUAUCAAGGAUCUCUCUGUACUUUGCGCCGUGAAUUUUUCCCUUGAUCCUGACUAAUUUCCCAGUCCCUGUCACUGAAAAACAUCCCUACAGCAUGAUGCUGCCACCACCAUGCUUCACCGUAGGGAUGGUGCCAGGUUUCUUCCAGACGUGACGCUUGGCAUUCAGGCCAAAGAGUUCAAGCUGGGUUUCAUCAGAACAGAGAAUCUUGUUUCUCAUGGUCUGAGAGUCUUUAGGUGCCUUUUAGCAAACUCCAAGCGGGCUGUCAUGUGCCUUUUACUGAGGAGUGGCUUCUUUCUGGCCACUACCAUAAAUGCCUGAUUGGUGGAGUGCUACAGAGAUGGUGGUCCUUCUGGAAGGUCCUCCCAUCUCCACAGAGGAACCUGGAGCUCUGUCAGUGACCAUCGGGUUCUUGGUCACCUCCCUGACCAAGGCCCUUCUCCCCUGAUUGCUCAGUUUGGCCGGGCAGCCAGCUCUAGGAAGAGUCUUGGUGGCUCCAAACUUCUUCCAUUUAAGAAUGAUGGAGGCCACUGUGUUCUUGGGGACCUUCAAUGUUGCAGACAUUUUUUGGUACCCUUAACCAGAUCUGUGCCUCGACACAAUCCUGUCUCGGAGCUCUACGGACAAUUCCUUCGACCUCAUGGCUUGGUUUUUUGCUCUGACAUGCACUGUCAACUGUGGGACCUUGUAUAGAUAGGUGUGUGCCUUUCCAAGUCAUGUCCAAUCAAAUUAAUUUCCCACAGGUGGAUGCCAAUCAAGUUGUAGAAACAUCUCAAGGAUGAUCAGUGGAAACAGGAUGCACCUGAGCUAAAUUUCGAGUCUCAUAGCAAAGGGUCUGAAUACUUAUGUAAAUAAGGUAUUUGUUUUUUAAUUUUUAAAUUAGCAAACAUUUCUAAAAACCUGUUUUCACUUUGUCAUUAUGGGGUAUUGUGCAUAGAUUGAGGGGGAAAAAUGUCAUCCAUUUUAGAAUAAGGCUGUAACGUAACAAAAUGUGGAAAAAGUUAAGGGGUCUGAAUACUUUCCAAAUGCACUGUACAUAAUUGUGGAUAUACUCGCUGCUUUUAUAUCAUAUGUCUAAAUGGAAAAUAUCUUCUCUUCCUUUUCAAUUUCUGCCAUUCGGUUAAAGGAGCUACAUGUAGAAUCUUUGCAUUGUAAUUUCAGAAAAUAUCCAUAAUAUACUGAACAAAAAAUGUAUAGUGUUGGUUCCAUGUUUCAUGGGCUGAAAUAAAAUCCCAGAAAUAUUGAGGAGUAUUUCUGUCUGUAAUAAAGCCUUUUUGUCGGGGGAAAUCUCAUUCUGAUUGGGUGGGCCUGGCUCCCAAGUGGGUGGGCCUAUGCCCACCCAUUGCCGUGCCCCUGACCAGUCAUGUGAAAUACAUAAAUUAGGGCCUAAUUCAUUUAUUUCAAUUGACUGAUUUCCUUAUGAACUGUAACUCGGUAAAUUAUUUGAAAUGGUUGCGUUUAUAUUUUUGUUCAGUAUAUAUCUGCAGUAAUAGUGGAAUGAUGGUGAUUCACAACAUUUCUUGACCCAAUACAAAAUCGCAUUCUAAAAUGUAGACUUUCUAUUUGACAACAAAAGCCAGACCGGCUUCUGUCAAAAUGGGAAAACUGCACCCUCCCUCUCUUCCAUCGGCGUCACUAAGAGGCGUGGUUAUCUCCUCGAGCACAACGAACAAUGGCAGACUGGGGAGAGCGGCCAAUGUAGAAAUCGCUCUGUCAUUUCCUGGUUGAUCAAAUUCUACGGACUAAGCCCAAUUUCAGUUUGUGAUAAAACAAUCACUGAAUUCUGUAGGGAAUCAUUUUUACGGCUGUUUUGAAGUUGGACGAAACUGAAAGUAGAAUAUUAUCCACCAUGAUCCAUGCUAUCCUGGUUCCUUGGGACUUCCACCACAUGUUCAAUGCUAUCCAGGAUUCCUUGGGACUGACGUUACCCCAUUGAAGGUGACAUUUAAACUGGUUACGGUUAUGGACGUUUCAAGGAAUCCAGAUAGCAAUAAUCUCUCCCACCAUUUUACAGGGAAAUGGGAUGGGGAGGGUUGUUGCAUUUCACCUAGCUUCCACAUGGGUGAGACAUUAUACAUGUUGCAGCACCUUUAUCGUAUUCAGUAGGUGUUUUUGUUCCAGAUGGUUAAAUUAGUCAAUUGUACAGAUGGCUGAGCAUAAAUUAUUGAAAUAACUUCUAUUCACAGACAAAUCCACUAAUAAUGCACAUUUUUGAACAUUCCAGUAUCUUUGAAAAAAGCACUGCUCAUUUCAGGGGAACCGCACUGUUGGCUUUUUAGGGUUUGGGCUAUUUAUUAUAUUUGGUGGAAGCAGACUUUAAUACUCACAUGAGCCACCUAGCUGUACAAAAAUAACAGUCAAACUCCUUAAUUAGCAGGUGUACUAAUUCCUCACCCUUUCAACGUAGCCGACUAGCUGGAAGGGUCACAGCAUAAUCUAUUUUUAUGCUAUCCUGAACAAAAAUAUAAAUGCAACAUGCAACAAUUUCAACUAGUUACAGUUCAUAUAAGGAAAUCAGUCAAUUGAAAAAUGAAUUAGGCCCUAUCUAUGGAUUUCACAUGACUGGGCAGGGGCACAGCCCUCACAAAAGGGAUUUAUUACAGACAGAAAUACUCCUCAAUUUCAUCAGCUGUUCGGGUGGCUGGUUUCAGACAAUCCCGCAGGUGAAGAAGCUGAAUGUGGAGGUCCUGGGCUGGCGUGGUUACACGUGGUCUGCGGAUGUGAGGCUGGUUGGACGUACUGCCAAAUUCUCUAAAACAAUGUUGGAGGCAGCUUAUAAUAGAGAAAUUAACAUUAAAUUCUCAUUCUCUGGCAACAGCUCUGGUUGACAUUCCUGCAGUCAGCAUGCCAAUUACAUGCUACCUCAACUUGAGACAUCUGUGGCAUUGUGUUGAGUGACACAACUUCACAUUAGUGGCCUUUUAUUGUCCCCAGCACAAGGUGCACCUGUGUAAUGAUCAUGCUGUUUAAUCAGCUUCUUGAUAUGCCACACCUGUCAGGUGGAUUGAUUAUCUUGGCAAAGGAGAAAUGCUCACCAACAGGGAUGUAAAGACAUUUUGUGGGAAAAAUUGGAAAAGCUUUUUGUGUGUAUGGAACAUUUCUGGGAUCUUAUUUCAGCUCAUGGGACCAACACUUUACAUGUUGCGUUUAUAUUUUUGUUCAGUAUGUGUCACUUUUUUCUUGUGAAAAGGGGUUUAACAUGUAAAAUAAGUGGAUUUCAUUUCCUUUGAAUUUAUUCACAUAAUAUACUAGUAUUUUAAGAAACGUAUAGAAUGGUACACAAUCUUCAACCUGUAUGCCUUUUUCGUAAUAUUCCCUAUGGUGAACUUUAUCAUCCUCUCUCUGUAACAGGACAAAUCUGGCCCCCACAAAGAUAUCUACCCAUACCUGAUUCAAGAACUGCAGCCCACUCUGACUGAGCUGGGUAUCUCCACACCUGAGGAUCUGGGCAUGGACAAAUUAUAGACAUCUUCUUGGUGAGUGCUUACACAUUGAAAAGCGAAUGCUCUGGGCCCGGUUUCCCAAAAGCAUCUUAAGGCUAAGUUUAUCGUUACAACCUUCGUAGGAGCAUCGUAGAAUCUCCGAGCUGUGUCCCAAAUCAUUGUUACUAAAGUUGCACUUAAACACGUUAUUUACCAACUGCCUCAGACCACUUGUAGAACAGCGAAGUGCGUUGUUAAAUGCGUUUCACCCCCCCCUACCGUGUCACUUUAUACACAGAUCUCCGCUAAACAUAUAACCAAGAUGUUUAUCAGUCUCUGUGACCCCAGAUAACUUCACAACAAAGUUUACUACAAAUACAAAGUUGCCAAUGUCUCUGCAAAUGUUAAACAAGCGAAGGAUAAAGAUCUUCACAUGAAACCUGAGAUGACUGCAUUAAAAGAUAAAUAAGCCUACCUACAGUAUAGGCUACAUAGGCCUAUAUAUUUAUAUGAUAUUGAAAUCAAUUGUUCAUUCAAUUGAGUUUUAUUUAGUGCAUUGUUAUAAGGGUAUGCAUUAGAAUAAGCCGCCUCAAUAUUAGCAGCCAUAAGUUUUAAUAUAUCUCUAGGAGCUGAUACAUCGUCAGUAUUGUGGAAUAAUUCUAAUGUUAAAGGUGCAAUGUGCAGAAAUCGCUCCGACAUUUCCUGGUUGCUAAAAUUCUAAUAGUUUGUCUAAUUUCAGUUUGACAAAACAAGCAGUCAUUGUGUAGAGAAUCAUUGUACUACUCUGAAAUAACUUUUACAUAACCAAAAAUAGUAUUCAUCAUUUUGAAGCUGGUGUACAAAACCAAGAGACACUAAAACUAAACUUAAGAACGGGAAGCAUAGAUAUAGCGCGCAUAACAGAUCUACCGCUUCUUAAGACUUCCUUUCAAUGAGAAUGACAGAUCUAUAACCCAUUUCUAUGUGAACUUGGUCAGGUCGCCCAAAAAGUUACAUACUGUAGCAUUAAGGUAAGAUUUAAACGGAGAAAGCUGGCCCGAGAGCAGCGGUGCCUUUAUUUCAAUCCUAUCAGUAUCGACACAUGCCUCAACGAUACACUUAGCGAACGUUCUCUCUGCGUGGUGUUUUGGGAAACGCAUGUUAAAUCUUCGGGCCCAGUAUGGUGGCCGUAUAGUGAAACGUUAUUUUCUCUUAAUUUUAAAUCAACUAAUUAAAUGUUUCCUUUUCAUUUCCCCUCAGGUAAUCUGGUGUCCAACUAGAUGAACCACUUCUCUUCAAGUCUCUGCCUUGUCCUGGUGUCUGUGUGAUGUUGAUUUAAUCCACGCUCUCCUGUUGUGUACAAAAUUAUGGAUUUAAUAAAGCAAUAUCUAUUGACGCUGCUGUCUCAAUGGUAAAAGGUUGAUUUACUGGCAUGUAACCCAUUCAUUCAACUGUCUCAAUGUUCCAUUUCCAAACAAACUUUUGUUCAAUUAAAUCAAUUAUGGGCUUUUUUCAGACCACUGACAUGCACAACACACUGAAUCUUAUGUUUACAUGAACAAAUGGCAGACCCAAACAUUUAACAUAACUAGUAGUAUGUACUUUGAUGCAUCUCAGAACACUGCUGAGUCGAAACUAAUGUAAGAUAGUUGUUCAAGAAAGUUAAGGACAAAGGGAUCCAAUUCCAACAAUGGGUUUGGUCAGCAUUCACUUUGAUUCAAUGCAGAGGGGUCCUGUUAAUCUGUCAGGUUUUGCAUUACCUCUCAAACCCUUCUCUCCGUAGGGUGUUCGGCAAUUCGCUUCACAUGGGCUGGCUGUGUUAAACGUCAAUCAUCGCAUGUGGACUGGUGUUCGAAAGAUAUGGCCCUUAUCUCUCAUUUUUGCGAGAAAUAAUAUUUAAAAUAAAAUAUACACUUACUGUAACAUUAGCUAGCAGAAUUGCACAGAGCCAAAUGCUGUGUGUGCUUCC